AUGAAUUUCACCACAGGGACUGAGGAGAAAGGGCUGCGGCUGGUUUUGCUCGGGAAAACAGGAGAUGGAAGGAGCGGAGCUGGAAACACCAUCUUAAACGACAAAGUGUUCCCUACCAAAUCAUCACCCAAUUCUGUGACCCAGCAGUGUACAUCAAAAUCAGGGACAAUACAUGAAAGACCUGUAAAAGUGAUUGACACACCUGGAUUUUUUGACACUGAUGGUAAAGAUGAUGAACUGAGAUAUGAACUUGUAAAAUGUAUCACUGAGUGUGCUCCAGGAGUUCAUGCCUUUCUCAUUGUGCUUAAAGUUGGAAGAUACACAGAACAAGAGAAGGAGGUGGUUAAAAAAAUAACAGAAACUUUUGGGGAAGAUGCACUCAGAUAUUCAGUGGUUCUUUUCACUCAUGGUGAUCAACUCAGUGAUGGUCAAACCAUUGAGGACUUUGUUAAGGAAACUAAAGCUUUACAGGAGCUUGUGGAUAAGUGUGGGGGACGCUGUCAUGUCGUUGACAAUAAGCAUUGGAAUCAGCAGAAAGAUGAGUACAGAAACAACAGUGUUCAGACAAAGAAACUACUGGACACUAUAGAAAAAAUGUUAAGAGAGAAUGGUGGUAAUUACUACACCAAUGCAUUGCUGCAGAAGAUUGAGGAGGACAUACAAGCAGAGGAAAAAAGAACAAGAGAGCAUGAGACAGGAAACAAAUCUGACAAGGAAAUAAGAGAAAUGGCCCAAAAGAAUGUAUUCAAGAAAUUUUUGACACGGUUUGCAGGGAUGGCAACUGGGGCAUUGCUAGGUGCUUUUCUUGGAGUUGGAGUUUUAGUAGGUGCAGCUGUAUAUUGCAUUAAAGGAGUUUUAGAUGGAAUAAAGCUCGGCACUCUGACAGAAGCAGGAGCAGGAGCAGGAGCAGCAGCCCGCAUCCGGUUCAAGACACUGGUGCUGGCUUACCAGGCCACAACAGGUUCUGCCCCAUCCUACCUCCAGUCUCUGAUCACUCCUUACAGCCCAGCCAGAUCUCUCUGGUCAACCUCCUCUGGUCAGCUGGUGGUCCCCUCACUUCGGGAACCUGGCAGCCGUUCCUCUCGAGCACGCUUCUUAUCUGCCAUUGUUCCAAGGUCGUGGAAUGACCUUCCUCACUCAGUCAGGACUACGGAAUAUCUUGCCAUUUUCCGCAGGGAACUGAAAACCCACCUUUUCAGAACCCACCUGUCCCCCACUGCCUAG